GUUCCAACAAUUCUUUAUAUAUUACAUACGCAGAUAUAUUGGCAAUUGUUCUUCAUUGUGGUCCUCAAAAAAACGCCGGUCGCAGUCAUCAUAGGUGUCGAGAAAUUACCCUUUGUGACAAUCAGAAAACUCAGUUUCUGUUCACUCUAUGGGAGGAUUUUGGAGAAAUAGAAGGACAUGAAAUUGCCUCUAAAAUGGCAACAGAGGCAGAUCUGCUUGUAAUCCUCGCAAGAAGUAUAGGAAUCUCUACUUAUCAAGGGUUGUCACUGCAGACUAGGUACAAUUCCACGCUACGGGUGAAUCCUAAUUACCCACAAGCAGUCACACUCAAGAACUGGGCAAAAGAAAACAAAGCAAUGUUGUUAAGUGGUCCAUCAGAUAAAACCUCCACAAGCUCAUCUACUGCUCCCAUGACAGUCACUACUGCUGGCCAACAACUUCUUUCUAUUGCACACAUCUCAUCAGCGCCUUCUAUGGGAGUCUUCUAUGUUGAGGCAGAGAUGGCCAUAUUAGAUGAAUUCCAAGACUUCUGUGUGCUUGAAUGCUCAGGCUGCAAACAGAAGAAGCGCACAAAGGAUAGAAAGGAGUUUGACUGUCCAAAAUGCAAUCGGAAAACAGCCUUGGUGCCUCGCUGUAGCUUCCAAAUUGAUCUUAUUGACAAUACUACUACAACUACAGCAUCUAUUUCUGCUGACUUAGGAGAAAAAAUACUGUCCAUGACAGCAGAAGACAUAUUUGACAUAACUUGCACUAAGCGACAAUCAUUGUCUCUUACUCAUGUCCAUGAGAUGCUGUCAAACAAAGUAUUCACAAUUCAACUAAGGAAGUCAUCUUGGGCCAGCUCAAAUACCACGCAUGCAACUUUGUCCAUUCUUUCCUACACGGAAAAAGAACAGACUCCACAGAUGACCACUGAUAGGACUUCUAAAAAAUUUAAACCUUUGGAAAUAGGUGAGGUAGAAGUGAUCGUAACAACUACUGCAGCUGGUUCUUCAGAUGGGCCGCCAAAAUUUGAACCACCCACACCAAGCAAAAAGGUCUAAAAGGAACUCCCUCACACUGUUUUUUCACUUUUGCUUAUAAUAGGGACAAUAUAAUCAAGGACUCUCCCUAUGCUCUGGUUUAUUUCAUGAGGAAGGUUAACUCUGGCCAGGCAAACUGCAGUAUCCUCUACAUAUGAUACUGCAACAUGUAUAUUGUUUUUGUUAUAGUCCAUUAGUUAGUAUGUGCAAAUCGUUCAACUCGACAUCUAUCCUUGAUGUCUAUUGUACAUAUUCUAAAUAUUUCUAAUAGUACAUAUUAAAAUAUAUGAUAUUAGUUAACUCUGGCCAGGCAAACUGCAGUAUCCUCUACAUAUGAUACUGCAACAUGUAUAUCGUUUUUGUUAUAGUCCAUUAGUUAGUAUGUGCAAAUCGUUCAACUCGACAUCAUCCUGAUGUCUAUUGUACAUAUUCUAAAUAUUUCUAAUAGUACAUAUUAAAAUAUAUGAUA